AUGCACUUCCAAGGCACUGCUUUGGCUAAGGCAAGGCUCUUUCCUGCCAGAGGAUCUGUUGCCCACUGGUUACCAAAUGCUGGCAACCUGAUCUGCGCUAUACACCGAGCACGAAAGGACCUAUUCUGUGAAGUUGACCGUAUCUUGCUAUGCUUCCUUUGUUCUCUGUCUCCAAGGCAUGCCACUCAUGGACACUACACACUGAGUGGGGCUGCUGUGAGCUACAGGGAGUAUUUCCUGAUGCGAAUGAAAGUCAUUUGGGAAAAGAAACAUCAAAAUCAGAAAAGUGUAAGAAGAGCAAGAAACAUUAUCAGAUCAUGGGAGCGUUUUAUCAAUCUGCGGAAGACAAUGAUUCAAGCUGAAUAUCCUAAGUUGUGUCAAUAUCUCCUUGAAGAAAAACAGAAACAUUUAGAACUGCUGGAAAUUGAAGGGAAGAAAAUACUACAGGGUCUUAAGAAAAAUGUAUCUGAAAUGACUAAUCUUGGGAGACUACUGUGGGACCUGUAUGAUGAACUGAAGAACAUGUGUCAGAAAACGGAUGAACACAUGCUCUUGGGGUUGAGACAGAUAGUGGCAAAGUGUGAGUCAGUGACACUGAACAUACCCAAGCCUUUGGAGCCAUUGUUGAGUGAAAAGCCCAUCUCUGGGUUUCUGGAAAGACUUCACAGCUUUCAAGUGUAUAUUACCCUGGACCCUAUUAUAAACAAUUAUCGUGUGCCUCUAUUAGAAGAGCUUAGACAAUUGCAAUACAACCUUAACCAUCAAGACACGCCCGACAAUCUAGACAGUUUAAGGUAUAUUCAUUCGUGGGGAACUCAUAGCUUCCUCUCUGGCAAGCAUUACUGGGAGGUGAAUGUGAGGAACUAUUGUAAUUGGAUUGUAGGGGUUUGUUCAGAAUCCUGGAAAGAGAGGGAUGAUAUGGGACUGAAUUCUAAGGAUGUCUUUCUACUUCUGAGUGUCAAAGUGAAUAAUAAUUGCAGUCUGUUCUCUACCUCCCCACUAUUACCUCAGUAUAUUCAAAGGCCAGAUGGCUUGGUGGGGAUCUUCCUAGAUUAUGAUUUUGGUGUUAUAAGCUUUGUUAAUGUGGCUAAGUGUUCACUCAUUUGUAAUUUCCUCCCAGGCUUCUUCUCCUUUCCUCUUAGACCUUUUAUUUGCUAUAGUUCCAUGUAA